AUGAACCUCGCCGAGAUCGAGCUGGAGGCGGGCAAGACCUCUCCUUUCCCCGAUGGCUUCGAUCCUCUCGGUCUGUCCAAGGAUAAGUCAUUCAAGGAGCUCAAGAAGUGGCGCGAGGCGGAGCUCAAGCACGGCCGCGUUGCCAUGCUUGCCGUCCUGGGCACGGCCGUGCAAGAGAACUUCCACCCCCUGUGGGGCUUCAACGAGAAGGAGAUGGAUGGUGCCAUCUUUCACUUCCAGGAGAUCCAAAACGUCUACCCCCUUUUCUGGACCGCCCUCCUUUUCAUCAUCGGCAUCAUUGAGGCUCGCACCAUCUCCACCGGAUGGGAUGAGAACAUGGCCGGAUCUUCCCAGAUCGCCGGCGUGAAGGAGGACUACAUCUGCGGGAACCUGGGCCUGGACCCCCUCAAGAUCAUCGAAAAUGACGACGAGGAGGCUUUCCUGUCCUACCGCAACAAGUCUCACCGGUUCUUGCCCUACCUCAUCUUUCAGGAGCUCAACAACGGCCGUCUGGCUAUGAUCGCAGCCGCUGGGAUCACCGUCCAGGAGAAGUUCGUCACCAACGGCCUCCCCGAGUUCGAGUUCCACCGAUUCGCCCUCUCGGACGUCUACAACUUCUUCUUCUAA